AUGAGUGAGAAGCUUGUCCGAUUGUGGCUACAAAAACACCAUAUAAAUGUCAAAGGCGAAUGGUUGAGAGCAGCAAUCGAAUGGACGAGUAUCAGCCAGCCGAGUAUCAACGAGAAGCAACUACAGAUUGCCAUCUUGAAACAAGUGCUCUUCUCGAAUCUCUCCGACAGCUGUGAUCCUCCAGUCAAGAUACCAACUUUCGCUAAACAAAUCAUUCUUCCCAAGCAACACCUAUUUCAAGUGAUAAUGGUUUUGGAUAUUUCGCGCUCGUUGUACGAACAAUAUAGAGAGCUCACGAACAAAAAGGAGGAUUUAUCAUGGUUCACUUGUGAAGAAAAUAACGAAACAACAAACGAGAAGACCGAGCCUUUGAGUAAACCGAAUCGAAUGUUGCGUAUUGAGCUCUCAGACGGCGCAGUGAAUCUGGCUGCGAUUAUAUAUGGAGGGAACAUUUCGAUCGAUGAAAGAACACCGCCCGGAACUAAGUUACUGACGAGAUGCCGGGUGCGAUGUCGACAUGGUGUAAUGUUUCUUAAUCAAGAUAAUUGCCAGGUCCUGGGUGGGGAAUGCGCUCAGCUUUACAAAGAUCGCUUGGUAUUCCUUGAAGAAAAGCUUGAAAUCAAGAAUAGUGCUCGCAAACAACCCAAGAAACGCACGACUGAGGAUGGAAAUUUGACUAUUUCACCGUUUUUAAAGCCAAAGAAUGCCGACGCUCAAAGUGAACUUGAUGAAGUUGGAGACUCGAAACUUAAUUCAACCAACACAACUUUGCAUACGGCAACUACUUCGGUGAAGAACGAUCCGCUGCACUCAAUUGAUGAAGAUCUUAACAAAUCACUCGAUACAAUUCCGUGUACGCCAAUUCUGUCUAGGAAAAGUCUGAACAAAGUGUUUGAUGACACCAAUGUAUUUCGUGUUCCGAUACUGCCUCCAGCAUCCAAUCCUCAAGCUAAAGUUGCUAAACUUCAACACGAGGAAGCAGAUGCUAAAUAUUCAAAUCAACUUCAAGUAAAUGAGUCUAUUUCCAGAUCUGAAAGAUCUAUAGUUGAAGACAAGCGACUCAAUGCGAUAAAACCGAGCAUGAUCGAGACAAAGACAGUAAACACGAUAGCACCACCAGAAGUGGAUUCCAAGAAUGCUUCGGAAAGAAAUUACACAAGAGAAACUAUGACUUUCGUUGACCAAAGCAGAAAAGAUCAACAGCCCUUGCCAGUAAAUAGGCUGCCCCAAAAUGUCAAACGGGCUGAAUCUUGGCUUGCAAAACCCAGUGAAACAAAGGUUUUAUCCGUUAAUCAGCCAAAAGAAGACUCACAAACAGCAAUUGUUCCAUUAAUGGCAUUAGCAGACAACCCUUCUCGUUCAUUGAACACGUCAUCAAGGAUGGACACAUCUGAAUCCUGGCUUGCAAAACGCAGUGAAUCAAAGGUUCUACCCGUUAAUCAGCCAAAAGAAGACUCACAAACAGCAAUUGUUCCAUUAAUGGCAUUAGCAGACAACCCUUCUCGUUCAUUGAACACGUCAUCAAGGAUGGACACAUCUGGCCUUUUAGACACAUCAAGAGAGAUUGCUUUGCUCUCGACACGAAAUGUUACUAAGCGAUCGAGUAAAGAACUAGAAAAAGCCGCAAAAGGAACCCGAGCAAUCACUGAGUACUUGAGCAUUUUGGGAGAGCGUCCAAUGUACCAUCGGCAUAGCGUGACGUCAGCCGGGGAUGAUAUGGUGCCAAAAAUUGAAGAAACGGAUGAAAGAAAUACAAAAGCAACGACCAGAAAUGUAAUACCGACAACGCGGCGAUCUCUUUAUGCGACUUUGGCCAAAAGUAUGGCUAAAUCUAAGAAAGUGGCUGACGAAAAGAACCUGGUUGAAACUGAAGCUCAUUCAACGACCGAAGUAUCUUUUCAUACUCCAGCUGUGCGAGGGAAAAGCGGUGUAUCGCCUUUUAUCCCAGAACCCCCAAACAUAAAUGAAUUGCAUCAACGGGCAGAAAAAUCAGUUGGCGACGAUGUUGUUCAUUCGCGUUCACUUCGCGCAAGCUUUAAAGACUCAUGCGUAGGAACAACACCACUUUUAACCAAACAAUAUCCAGUGGUUCAUCAUCGAUUUGUGGAGAAACGCGAUGCGUCGACAUCACCUUUUCCUGUUUUUCGGAAACACGAUCAAACGACGGCUUCUACAUCAAUAUUGAAAAGUCACACAGGGUCAAAACAAUUGACGGCGCCGAAGAAAAACCCUGCAUCGGCAAAUGAAGUUGGAAUAAUGGGAAGGGGUAAACAGUUUGUAACAUCGACACCUACCAGCGGCGCACCACCGCCACAUGAUGCUCUUGCUCCAGAGAGAAAGAUCAAAAAAGUACAAUUGAUUUCACCCGAGAAAUCACCUCGUUUGAAUCGCUCGCUCAGCGCUCUAUCUGCAAGUGGCGGAAGUUUGACCCAUACGUUUCCGGUACCACCAAACGCUCAAGGAAAUCAGGAACAUCAUCACAAUGUCAAUUCAAAUGUGCCAAAUCUGCAUUCAUUUGCUGGUCAGUCAAAGAAAACUUUGAAUGAAGCCGUCCGUGAAAGUGUUUCACAGCCAAGAGUGUCUCAUCAACUCGAUCUUGGCGCCGCUUUACAAUAUAAAACUAUGGAGAUUUAUGAAAAUCGAUCAUUGCUUGUUGAUCUGUUACGACAACGACGCUUUUGGAUGUUAAGCAAACGAGUCACUGUUGUUCCUUUGUGUAGCAAGCUGUUAGAUGAUCUGAGGGCUGGUGCGGAUCGAUGGUGUCUUAAGGUCUUGUUAACUGACGAGAGUGCAGCAGGUGUUAUGUGCGUGGCCUCACAAGAACUUCUGAUCAAUAUGCUUGGAUUUGACGUUUCAUAUUGCAAGAUGCUUUCAAUGGAUCGACGUUUAAACGAAGCCGAGCUGAACCGAUGUAAACAGAGGGCACUUGAUGUGAUGAAGGCAUUUACCCGACUUGACAUCGUUUUUAUGUUAGAGGUAUCAAGAAAUUCCAACGAGCCACCCGUUAUCACAGGAAUCACACAGCUUUGCGAGGCCGCCGUCCCAGCACAAACGUCGGUCUUUUUCCACCAAGCGAUGUCUAACUUUGAG